GUAUAUAAACACACAGGCAGAGGUUGCUCAACACACAAACUUUGAAUCUAGGUAGAGAAGAGGGAGAGAAGAGACGGAAGGAGAACAGGCAGAGUUACUCAACACACAAAUUUUGGAUGUAGCUAGAGCAGAGGGAGAGAAGAGACAAAUUUAGAAUGUAGCUAGAGCAGAGGGAGAGAAGAGACGGAAGGAGAACAGGCAGAGUUACUCAACACACGAAUUUAGAAUGUAGUUAGGGCAGAGGGAGAGAAGAGACUGAAAGAGAACAGGCAGAGUUACUCAACACAAAAAUUUAGAAUGUAGUUAGGGGAGAGGGAGAGAAGAGACGGAAGGAGAAGCGACCGCCGGCCGGUCAGGACGGCGACUGGAUGGCUGCCAGCUCCUCCUCGGCGACGGCACCGGCGGUGAAGGGCGUGGCGAGAACGUUGGCUCACCGCCGCCAGGCCGUGGUUGGAUUCCUGUUUGCUCUCAUCGUCAUCCUCGUGCUCCACACCACCGUGGUGUUUGGCCCGUUCCAGUCUACUAAUGCCAAUGUUGUUCUGGAGUCCACUUCGGGCGAGCAAAAUGCAAAGACCUCUUCUCCUCUAGCGGCACAAGCGGCGUCAGCGCCUAAUAAUUCUACUCAAGCUGCAGUACAUGCCAUAGAAAACGGGCAGAAGGACGAUGUAGCCAAGAAUGAUAGGGAAACAAGGGGCCAGUUAGGCCAAACAGGAAAAAAUGAUGCUAGUGAUGACAAGACGCAGGAAGAGCUCAUUCGCCAAGAACUCGAUCGAGACGUCAAACGUGGUGCUCCGCGCAAGCCCAUCUGCGACCUCUCUGAUCCUAGGUACGACAUCUGCGAGAUCACCGGAGACGCUCGUGCCAUCGGCGCCAACCGUACCGUCCUCUAUGUCCCGCCAGCCGACGAGCGCGGCACCGACGGCCCGGAGUGGGCCAUCAAGGACCAGUCCCGCAAGCAACUGGGGGACAUCAAGGAGGUGAAUGUCAAGACCCUGAGCGCCGCCCAGUCCUUGGUGGCACCGGAGUGCACCUCUCGGCACACUGUCCCGGCCGUCGUGUUCGCCAUGAAUGGGAUCAUAGGCAACCCAUGGCACGACUUGAGCGAUCUCCUGAUCCCGCUCUUCAUCACCACCCGCGCCUACGACGGCGAGGUCCAGUUCCUUGUCACCGAGCUCCAGCCGUGGUUCGUGGACAAGUAUCGUCUCGUCCUCACCAACCUGUCACGCUACGACAUCAUCGACUUCAACAAGGACGCCGGCGUCCGUUGCUACCCGCACAUCAUAGUCGGCCUCCGCAGCCACGGCGACCUCGACAUCGACCCAGCCCGCACGCCGCGCAACUACACAUUGCUGGACUUCCGCCUGUACAUCCGGGACGUCUUCCUGCUCCCGUCGGACGACCGAGGAAUCCCGUACAAGGAGGCCAGCAAGAAGAACGCAGCCGGCAACGACAAUGGCACUGCUGUCACGGAGAAUCCAAAGCCGCGGCUCUUGCUCAUCAAUCGCGGGGAGAGCAGGAAGUUCGUCAACCUUCCGGAGAUCUCCGCGGCGGUGCAGGCAGCCGGGUUCGAGCUGCUGGUCAUGGAGCCGAGCCGUGACAUGGGGAUGGAGGAGUUCGCCCGGGCGGUGGACUCAUGCGACGUGCUGAUGGGCGUGCACGGGGCCGCGCUCACAAACUUCUUCUUCUUGCGCACCAACGCGGUGCUGCUGCAGGUGGUGGGGCUGGGCCUGGAGCGCGAGGCCUUGCAUUACUACGGCAAUCAGGCCACGGCGGUGAUGGUGCAGCACAUCCAGUACUUCAUCAGUGCCGAGGAGAGCACGCUCUACGAAAAGUACGGCAAGGACCACCCGGCGGUUAGUGACCCGGACUCGGUGCACAAGCAGGGGUGGCAGGGUGCAAAGCGCUACUUCUGGGCGGAGCAAGACAUCAGACUCAACGUCACCAGAUUUGCUCCCACGCUGCAUCAGCUAAUCCGGACGCUCCAGGAGUAGGGAAACUAGAUACGUGAUACUACUACCUCUGUUCCUAAAUUUUUUGAGAAUGACAAAUAACUCAAAAUUUUACUGCAAGUACUUGAAAUGUUUGGAUAAUUGAGUUAAAUUGUUUUA